AUGUUACUCUGGCACAUUCCGAAGCGGCCCGAGGCGUGGAGACCAAGGACGAGCACGCAGACGACCUUGGAGCGCCUCUCCAUAUUCGUCAAUAGACUCGACUGUCUGGUAAUCACAAGGUUCUGGACCCCAUGGCAGUCUGGCCUGGUGACGUUGGAAGACGGUUGGGAUCAACAGUCCAUAGGUCAUCUCAGAUCACGGCAGAUAGAAAACGACCGGUUCGGGAAGGGGGGAGGGGGAGGGAGUCAAACAAAUGAGACACACGAAACGAACAAGACUCGAUGGAUGGUGACAGAAACAUGUUGCCAUGCUGAAUCCCAGUUUGUCAUGGGCACCGUCGAUAGUCGACAAUAUGAAUUCUGGUUCCCUUUUGCCGAUAUACCCUUGACCAAUCUUGUCCUCACAAGCGCUGCUGUUCGACGCCAUCAGCAGCGUGUUUGGACAAUAGCCUGCAUACCUCCACCUGACCUAGCCCGUUUCGAGCCAGCACGACCGGCCGGAAGACUCCAUUCGAGCGAAGAUCCCCGGCUCUGCGGGCUGAGCGUGACUAGAUGGAGAAAUAGCUGCGAUUGUGCAAUGCCCAAAGAGAAACGCACAUCUCAAUCGCGUCUGCUCCUUAUAUUACCCGUGGUCGAUACGCGGGUCCUUCGGCGUAUCGAAUCACAUGCGAAGCCAAUGCGCCAUUUACAGAAAUCACACCGCAUAGCAUGGGCAGCAUGUCAUUGCAGUCGACCAGAGCAAACACUGGGCGUGCCGUCCACUACGGGUAUUAGCAUGCUCGUCCUUGUUCCGAGUUCGCUAGAGACCAGGCCGGGAAUGGGGGCCACAUUGGUGAAGCGAGCAACCGAGCAUGACGAGCUUUCAGGCGCGCGCUCCUCGCCAGCUCGCCGGGGUCACCGUAUCAUCGUGGACCGGCGAGCAUUCCGAGAUACAGAUUCGAUCAUCUCGGUGGGAUGGGUGGGAGUGGUACCUUCUUCGUAUCUGGGACCGAGGCGCAAGCAGAAUGUAGCUUUGCAGCAUCAAGUGCCGUCAGUCGCACAAGACAUGCAGCAGCAAGCAGAUCAUCAAUAUUCCUGCACAAUAAUCCUGCCGCUGAAUAAUACCCUCAAUUUUCUGCAUUGCAUCGAGAAUAGGGGGGGCUACGGGGCCAUCCGCUUUGGAACAGACAGCUCGACAAGAUGCAGCUCUAAGAGAGAAGUCGGCUCAAUAUACGGCGGCCGGUGUAGCCGUCAAAGAAAGAGGGACAAAAAGGCCUGCAAUACAAGAAACAAUGCGGGGCACUGGCAGGGCAGGGCUUCACAGUCGGUUCCCGCGUAUUGCCAAGGCAGUCCAAUGGUUCAAGGGAACCGACUGGGUAUUGACCAGGUUGUCGUCGUUCGUGGGUCAACUUUGGGCUGCACAAUAUGCAACAACGAUACCAAGUGGUUGAAUAUCAAGCGACGAUAG